GUGAAUUGCAGUUAAUCGAGGUCGAGCAUGCAGCGAUGGCGUAAUCACUUGAGAAAUUUUGCAGGCUUGGUGCUCAGCAUCACCACGCUAAUGGUUAACAACGCCGGGUGCGAAAUGUUCCAGCUCACAUAACCACCCGGAGCUCACAUCUGUCAGCUCUGGUCGAGUUGGAUCCAUCGAAUAUCCGCUGAAGUUCGUGUCCCGUGGCUUGCGACCUGCGGUGUCUGAGCAUUAUGAUUCCAAGUCUGUGCCAAGUUUGCUAGGGUUUUUUGUUUUGUUUUGUUUUGUUUUGGAGGGUUUGGUUUGCGAACGAAGAUGGAGAUUGCAGGCAUGGAUUUGUCGUGCGUGAUUCACUCUAUUCAGAGCCAUGAGCUCCCGGCGAAGGAUUGUGUCCUGCCUUUGCUGUCGAAGGUGCUCGGGUACGCCAUCGUCCUGGCCUCCGUCUUCCUGAAGCUGCCCCAAAUUUACGUGAUCGUGAAGAACAAGAGCAUUAAGGGUUUGAGCGUCCCCUCCUUCGAGCUUGAAGUGGCAGGGUUCACUAUUGCCCUCGCGUACUGCUUGUUCAAGCAGCUGCCGUUUUCAGCUUACGGCGAGCUCGUGUUUAUUCUGGCGCAGAGCAUCGCGUGUCUGGCGCUGAUCUAUUACUACUCUCCCAAUACCGGUCCCUCCGUUUGGUUGAAGACGGCGCUGUACUGCGCUUUGGCGCCCACUCUUCUUGGCGGCAUGCUCGACGCAAAGCUGUUCGAAGCGCUGUACGCGUGCCAGCAUGCUAUCUUUUUCUGUGCACGCCUGCCGCAGAUUUACGAGAAUUUCAAGAGCAAGAGCACAGGGCAGCUGAGCUUCAUGACGAGCUUCAUGUCCUUCGCAGGCUGUGUAGUGAGAACUUUCACGAGCAUCCAGGAGAAUGCUCCGUUCAGUAUGCUGGUCGGGUGCUUGCUUGGGCUUUUCACGCACGGCACUGUGUGUGCGCAAAUUUUUGCGUAUGCUUCGUCUUCAGCAGAGGCUGUGAAGGCAGAGAAAAAGACCAAGUAGGUGGAGAGGGUUGCUAGUAGGGUUUCGUUUUCCUCUUCAGACAAUUUGACCACGCAUCCUGCCUUUUUAGCCAAAUUUAAUUUGCGGUUGCAUGUAAAUCUGUUUCUGUAUAUUAUUGGCUAGAUUGAACUGCCCAUACUGCAGAGGGAAGGUUAGAUUAGUUUUGAUUGAUUGGUUUGUUCAGAGUUUAGGGUUAUACUAAACUAGUGAUACAAGCGUCGUUCAGCACUGGGCGUAUGUUGCAGUGGCUGUUUAUGGGUGUCUGGAGCUUAAGGUGAAGGUGGACACAAAUUGAUUUUGUAGGGGACAGUCGUCUCAUUCUUGCGACAUGACUGCGUUGUUGUGGACAUAACUGCGUUGUAGACAUGACGCUUGGAAAUUAUAUGUAAGCACCGGCCCAAUUCAGUCCUGAGGUGAAAUAUUGUCGUAUAAUUCUGCUGUCCA